UUUCAUUUUCUAUACGUUACACACACAUUAUCUCUCUAACCUUUCGUUUUCUCUCUCUAGAAUUCACUCACUCACAACUUCUCUCUCUACCUUCGCUUUCAUUGUUAUAUAGAUUACAUCUACAUAUAUAUUAUAUAUAUUUCUGGAUAUAUAUAUAUAUAUGUAUCAUAGGUUGUAUCGACAUCUUAUGUAUCUAUCUGAAUCAAUCGUUUUCGAGUAAAAAUGGAGUUGGAGGAAGCGAUUUGCUUCCAGUUUUCGUCCCUAUUAUCUUCGAUCUCACUAUAAGUUUUUCCCUUUUAUACUCUCGGUUGGAUCUGCCUGAAGAUCUGUCCUUGGAGCUGGCUUAUUGAGCUCGCUAAGGAAUUUUAUUGCGGUUGAAGACGCGAUUUUUGGGUAGUGAUUUUUGGGAUGGUCAUCGUAGCUCUGUUUGAAGAAUGUGUAGUGGCCCUGAACAGAAUAAAUCUGCUUCGUCGUCCACCACAUCAGCAAUAGAUAAAAAAUUUAACAAAAUGGUCAUGAGUCCACUAACUGUGGAGACCGAAGAUUCUUUUUCCAGUUUACUUGAAUAUGCAGCUAACAAUGACUCUGAGGGUUUCAAGCGUUCAAUUGAGAAUGAUCUUUCAGCAAUUGAUGAAGUUGGACUCUGGUAUGUGCGCAAGAAAGGUUCAAAGCAGAUAGUCCUAGAGCAUCGGACUCCAUUGAUGGUUGCUUCUACGUAUGGAAGCGUGAGUGUUCUGAAAUUGAUAAUAGCACAGCCCAAGGUUGAUGUAAAUUUUUCUUGUGGCCCGGAUAAGUGCACUGCCCUUCACUGUGCAGCCUCUGGUGGCUCUGUUGAUGCUAUUGAAGUAGUUAAGUUGCUUCUGUCUGUUGGUGCUGAUCCAAACAUUGAGGAUGCUAAUGGACAUCGGCCCAUUGAUGUGAUUAUUGUACCUCCGAAGCUGUCUGGGGUUAGAGCUUCGCUUGAAGAACUUCUCAUGAACAAUGCAUUUGAUGGAUCAGUUGGCGACUGCAAGCUGACUGUAUCUGUCACUACAUCAAGCUCUUGGUCCCCGACCCUAUCAUCUUCGCCGGAUAAUGGUUCUCCUUGCUCUCCUUCAGAGUUGGUAUCCUCUCCAAUGAUGUCAAAAUUUAAUGACAUUCCUAUGAACUCCACAUCAGAAAAGAAAGAGUAUCCAAUCGACCCAUCUCUCCCUGACAUUAAAAACAGCAUUUAUUCUACUGAUGAGUUCCGGAUGUUUUCAUUCAAGGUCCGCCCUUGCUCAAGGGCGUAUUCCCAUGAUUGGACUGAGUGCCCUUUUGUUCAUCCAGGAGAAAAUGCACGCAGAAGGGACCCCAGGAAGUACCAUUAUAGCUGUGUACCUUGCCCUGAUUUCAGGAAAGGUGCUUGUAGACGAGGGGAUAUGUGUGAAUAUGCUCAUGGCGUUUUCGAGUGCUGGCUCCAUCCAGCUCAAUACCGUACACGCUUAUGUAAAGAUGGUACAAGCUGUGCUAGGCGUGUUUGCUUUUUUGCCCAUACUCCUGAGGAGCUUCGGCCACUGUAUGUUUCCACCGGUUCGGCUGUUCCAUCUCCUAGGUCAUCUGCCGCCGGUGCUAGUGUCAUGGACAUGGCUGCAGCUUUGAACCUUCUGCCUGGUUCACCUUCAUCUGUCUCUGUGAUGUCUCCUGCUUUCAAUCAACAGAUGUCCCCAUCUGGAAAUGGUGGUCCACACUCUUCUGUUGCUUGGCCUCAGCCAAAUGUGCCAACCCUUCACCUUCCAGGAAGCAACCUCCAAUCAAGCCGGCUUAGAUCCUCUCUUAGCGCCCGAGACAUUCCACCAGAUGAUUUGAGCAUGUUGCAAGAUUUUGAGUCGCAACAACUGCUAAAUGACUUGGCUUGUUUCUCACAAUCGCGCCCUGGUUCACUCUCUUUGAACCGUCCUACUCGGUCCAAAACACUUGCUCCUGCAAAUCUUGAAGAUCUUUUUUCGGCUGAGCUCACUUCUUCUCCCAGAUAUUCUGACCAGGCUGCAUCUUCUGGCGUCUUUUCGCCAUCACACAAAUCUGCUGUUCUCAAUCAGUUCCAACAGCAGCAAAGCGUGCUUUCUCCUAUCAAUACGAAUGUCUUCUCACCAAAGAAUGUUGACCAUGCCUUGUUGCAGGCUUCAUUUGGUGUGUCAUCACCCGGGAGAAUGUCGCCAAGAAGCAUGGAUCCAAUAUCUCCAAUGGGUGCCAGGCUUUCUGCUUUUGCUCAGCGUGAGAAGCAGCACCAACAACAGCUACGUAGUCUCAGCUCACGGGAUCUUGGUACGAACAGUCCUUUCAAUGUUGGAUCGCCUGUGAAUACUACUACUUCCUCCUCUUGGUCUAAAUGGGGAUCUCCAACUGGGAAAGUAGAUUGGUCUGUGAAUGUGGACGAUUUUGGGAAACUGAAAAGGUCGUCUUCCUUUGAGCUCAACAACAACGGUGCUGAGGAGCCUGACCUGUCAUGGGUGCAGUCUCUUGUGAAGGAAUCACCACCUGAGAUGAUGAAAAACAAGUCGGCGGCACCAGCACCUUCUGGUAGUGCUGCUGCACCAUCCGGUGAGGUUGAAUCAAGUGAUCAUUCAGUAUUAGGUGCAUGGCUGGAGCAGAUGCAACUUGAUCAGCUCGUAGCUUAAGCAAAGAGAUGAAGAAAAGAAAUUCAUUUUCACUUAGAUGUUGACAGAAGAAACUCAUUUCUAGAUAUAAGUAUAUAUUCUUUUGGGGGUGUUGAUGCGGUUUGGUAUAACAGGCAGGCUGAAUUUAUAUUCUUUUGGGACGAAAACAAGAAAGAGAUAAUUUGAAAGCUUCUUGUAAUGGCAGUAGCAGCAGCAGGAUAAAGAAGCAAGCAAGCAAGCAUGGCGUAUAAGAUAGAUAUCUGUCUGUCUGUCUGUCUGGGGUGUUUUUACAAGAUCCCAGUGCUGGUUGGGUAUUGUUUCCUCCUCCUCUCUCUGUUAUCUUAUAAUUCUAGCAUAUUAUUACAUUCCUUUACAAUUUUUAUAUGUUUCAUUUGUGUUGAAACAAUUUCAAUUUUCUUUAAGAUUCUCUUUUGGCUAAACCAUCAACUGAUCCUGAAAGAUGUUGCAAUUUGUGCUACUUAAAUUUCCGACUCUUUUGGUCAAGCCUUUUUUAUCAUGUAAAACAUAUAUUAUAGCUAUUAUUCCAAUUUCUUUCUUUCAUUCA